GAUUCCUCUCAAAAUGUCCGGUUCGCGCAGGAUUCUUUCCGUAGUAGUUGUAAGACACUGUGCUUCAUGCAGGGAAUGCUAUGAAGGACUUGAUGGAAUAAGUAGGAGGUCUGCGUCUGUGUGGGCUCAGUCACAGGGGAUUAGGGGAGGAGCUCAAUGGCUACGCCGGAUAGCUCAGGGGGUGCAUUCGAUCUUGCGAAAUGGAUAAACGGUCUGGUGGCACACUGGGGGAGUGUGGCGGUCGCUGUGGUUGCGGCAGCUGUGAUUGCGAAGUUCAUAUUCAAUUCGACGGUGGGACGCAGGAAGCUUCCACCAGGCCCGGCGCCAUGGCCAAUUCUUGGCAACAUAGCCUCUCUAGCUGGCCUCCCUCAUCGAUCUCUGGAGAAAUUGGCGCGUAAAUAUGGAAGUCUCAUGUACCUUCGUCUUGGAGAGGUUCCUUGCAUAGUGAUUUCUUCUGCGGAUGUCGCCAAACAACUGUUCAAGACGCACGACAUCCUAUUUUCGAACCGUCCGGGUGGUUGCUUCUUUGAACAGCUAACAGAGUACAGAAACAUCACGGCGUCACGUUAUGGCCCACACUGGCGACAUUUGAGGAAGACGUGCGUUCAUGAGUUGUUCACGCAGAAGCGAUUGGAAGCAUACCAGGCAACCCGGCUCGAGGAGAUCAGCAUUUCCAUCAAGGAGCUCUUCGAGGAAUCGGAUAAGAAAGGCCCCGUUGAUCUUCACGCAUGGCUGCACAGGUUGCUGUUCAACAACUUGACGCGUGUGAUCAUGAACAACAGGUACUUCGGGACAGAUGAGAAAGGAAUGAAAGAUGCAAUGGACUUCAAUAAUGUGACCGCCCUAAUGUUCUCCCAGGCGGGAGAUGUGGUCAUAAGUGAUUUUCUCCCCUACUUGGGAUUCCUCACUAGAUUGCAAGGUAAACCACUCCUUUACCGUAAGACCAGGGAAAUUGUUUUGGAAAUGAUGAGGAGAAUGACCAACUUCGAUGAGCGUAAGAAACUCCAUGCCGAGGGACGAAGUACAGGAGAGCCUGAGGAUUUUGUGGACGUAUUGCUGUCAUCAACACUAUCUGAUGGCACUACUCCUCUCCCUGAUGACAUCUGCCUAAUGUUGCUCAUGGACGUCCUUGUCGCUGGUACUGAUACAAGUGCGACCACAGUUGAGUGGACCAUCACCGAGCUUCUUCGACACCCUGAGGCGUAUAAACGAGUACGUGAAGAAUUGAACUCUGUUGUUGGAUCUGAUCAGCUUGUCAAGGAAGAACACCUUGAACACCUCCCUUACCUCAAUGCAGUUCUGCAAGAGUCCUUCCGUCUCCAUCCAGCAACUCCGUUGGGUCUCCCUCGUGAGUCAAGCGAAGCUUUUGAGUUCCUUGGAUAUAGUCUUCCCGCUGGUACUCGUCUCUUUGUCAACCAAUGGGCAAUCCAUAGAGACCCUGCUGUCUACGAGCAACCAGAGGAGUUCAACCCUGAGCGAUUUUUGGGAAGAGAAGCGCUCAAAUUUAUUGGUGACACUCAGUUCCAAUUAGUCCCCUUCGGAUCUGGGAGACGGAACUGUGCAGGACUGCCCAUGGCUGUAAUUGUUAUUCCUUUGGUGCUGGCCCACCUCCUGCACAGCGUGGAGUUUUCUUUGCCAGACGGCCAACAACCCAAGGACUUGGACAUGACCGAAACGUUUGGUGUUGCUGCUCCUAAGGCAUCACCCUUGAUGAUUUAUGCUACACCCAGAGAGUCCGCCGCUUUGUACUAAAACUUGUUGACAUUGAGAAUGAUGUGAGAUGUCGAUGGAAUCUUUUCAAACUGUACCAAAAUUUCCUGUAAUUACUUGACAUGGAACAAGUUCGUAGGUUUUGCAGAGUGAUCGCGAUGUGAGUCUUUCCAUCACGUAUUAGAAUGAGUUUCUGAAUGUACCUUGAUGCACAAGAAAGUGAUCUUGCUCAUUGGUGGACAGCAGACUGUUGCAGUGCAAUUUGAUUUCUCAUCAUCGUGUUAACGCAAGAACUCUGGAACGAAUUCAUAGUUUCAGGUCAGAAGAAGUUCGGAAGGAA